AUGUCCACUGCCAAAUCAGACGAGGCAUUAGCCACGGCCAUCUUACUCGCCGUGUUCGAGAUGCACUCCUGCACAACCGCAGAUGGGUGGAUGCACCAUGCCUCUGGAAUUCGGGCACUAAUGCGACUACGUGGGCCUGCAAGUCACCUGCAUGGAUUUGGGCGAGCCCUGUAUAUCGCAUAUCGCAGCACCCUAGUGACCUCGGCACUCGUAGCUGGCGAGCAAUGCUUUCUAGAAGAGCCCGAAUGGCAGUCUCUCAACAAGCAGAUUGCAUUGGAUAACGCCAAACAACCGGUUUCUUCAGUAUACACCGACAUCACAGAGCGUGCCUUUCGGGAAGUCGUGAAGCUUCCAGGCCUCAUCCAGCGCUCUGCACUACUAGCACGCAGCAAGGGCACACACGGCCACUUCAAGCUACUAGACGAGGUGCUUGCUACACAGGCUGCACUGCGGGGAAUUCAUACCGAAUUCAGUAUAACGAUUUCAACUCUCCGAGCUGGUCAUGACAUGUGCAAGGGAUUCAUUGGUCCAUUUCCACAUCACUUCUCCGAUGGGUUUUCGGCACUUAGCAUGCAAGGCAUUCGAUCAGCAACCGUCAUUCUUAAUUAUCUUGUUAUUAUUCUUGAUCCGUCUCAGCGUGUGUCAGCAAAAGCAGAGAAUAGGAUCAUCGCAGACCGUACGCAGGAUGACGCUGCAGGUCUCCAGGCAUCACUUUCAACAUCCCAAUCAACGGGGCCCCGCUUGGUGAUCGAAUCUAGAAUCAACCCAGAAACACGCGAAUCACUAGCCACCGACUGGAUGGACCGCAUAGCCGCGACAAUGGGCAUGGAAGGUGUGAGAAUCAGUCUUGUUGAGGAUUGA